AUUUGCUUUUGUGACCUGCCAUGGUGAAUUUGAUUGACGGCUAGUUUCAGAUAUAGUCCACCAGCCUGCCAAAUAGUGAAUUUUUAUGCAGAAAAUUGUGUCUUUCAAAAGAAGGUAAAGAUACGGAUAUGGCCAGACUCCUCCAUACCAGAUUCAUCAUGCAGAGAAUUUUGGAGGUAGUUCCAAGUAAAACGUGCCCCCAAUAUACACCGUAAUGAAGAGAAAUAUGGUUGACUUCUAAGAGCGAUCACCUGCUUGCCAGUGAAGUGACAGCGUGUUCCAUGGGAAACGGUACGAGCAGGCUCUACAGCGCUCUCACCAAGACACUGAACAGCAGCGCUGCCGCCCAGCACGCAGAGUAUUUGGAGUCACCUGACCCGGAACAUCUGGAGCCCAUUGAUCCUAAAGAGCUCCUUGAGGAAUGCAGGGCAGUCCUGCACAGGCGACCUCCCCGGUACCAGAGGGAUUUUGUGGCUCUGAGGACAGAUCACCCCAGUAGCCACCCACCUAUUAGGGUCAUGCAAUGGAACAUCCUUGCCCAAGCUCUUGGAGAAGGCAAAGACAACUUUGCACAAUGCCCUGUUGAAGCACUCAAAUGGGAAGAAAGGAAGUGUCUCAUCCUAGAAGAAAUCCUAGCCUACCAGCCCGAUAUAUUGUGCCUCCAAGAGGUGGACCACUAUUUUGACACCUUCCAACCACUCCUCAGCAGACUGGGCUAUCAAGGCACGUUUUUCCCCAAGCCCUGGUCACCUUGUCUAGAUGUAGAACAUAACAAUGGACCAGACGGCUGUGCCUUGUUUUUUCUCCAGAACCGAUUCAAGCUAGUCCACAGUGCCAACAUUAGGCUGACGGCCAUGGCACUGAAAACCAACCAGGUGGCCAUUGCACAGACCCUGGAGUGCAAGGAGUCCAGUCGACAGUUCUGCAUCGCUGUCACCCACUUAAAAGCACGCACUGGCUGGGAGCAGUUUCGAUCAGCUCAAGGCUGUGACCUUCUCCGGAACCUGCAGAACAUCACCCAGGGAGCCAAGAUUCCCCUUAUUAUUUGUGGAGACUUCAAUGCAGAGCCAACAGAGGAGGUCUACAGACACUUUGCUUCCUCCAGCCUCAACCUGAAUAGCGCCUACAAGCUGCUGAGUGCUGAUGGGCAGUCAGAACCUCCAUACACUACCUGGAAGAUCCGGACCUCAGGGGAGAGCCGGCACACCCUGGACUACAUCUGGUAUUCUAAACAUGCUCUAAGUGUGCAGUCAGCUCUCGAUUUGCUCACUGAAGAACAGAUUGGACCCAACCGGCUACCAUCCUUCAAUUACCCUUCAGACCACCUGUCUCUAGUGUGUGACUUCAGCUUUAAUGAGGAACCUGAUGGACUUUCAUGAAUACUUAUCUGGGUCUUUUUAAUCACGUCUUAACCAGCAAUAUUUCAGGAAGUAUCCGAAUUAAGUGGCCUGAGGAAGGAAGGACUCCCAGUUUCUCUCAUUUCACUUUCCAUGUUUCCAGCAUGCCCUUGGGAAGGAAUCCCACGAGUUCAAAAACCAUUUCCAUUAAAACCUACAGCAAAAAAGGCGUUUACACUCCAGUUUUGGCUGGUAUUGUUUCCUUGCCCCUAACAUUAUAUCUAGAUCAAUUAAGGGCAUUCAAUUAGGCUUGUUUUGAAGCUUUCAGUUGGUGAUGUUAUGUAACAAUACUGUGAGUCUUCCAUAAUGACAAGUAUGCAGAAGCAAUUUCUCUAGACAGUAUUUCAAGUUAUUUAUUUGUGGUUUUAAAUGGCAGCAAUAUUUGCAUGGCAGUAUUUAUUUUUUAUAUCUUCAUGCACGAUUAAUAAAUUAUAGCAUUAUAAACAUUUAAAGCCAUGCAAAACAUAAGUUAUAAGGCUUUAAGAUGUUUUUAUUUGGAGCCUAACAAAAUAGUAGUGUACAAAGCAACUAUUUAGCCUGGAGGCCUCAGGCUUUUGUUUUUUGUAUUUAAGUGGAAAUAGCUUCUCUUCUUGAUAAGUUCUUCAUAAAAAUUCUUGUUGUGCCUCCAUGU